AUGACCACCACCCACCAUUAUAACCACCACGCGCCACUACCACCCAUCACCACCACCUGCCACAACCACCCACACUUACCACCCACCAAGACCAUCACCGCUUACCAUCAUCACCACAUACCACCGACCACCACCACCCGUCAUCACCACCCCCACCAAAACCAUUGUACACCACACUCACCACUCGUCACGACCACCCCACCACCAACCACCACCACUACAUACCCACCCACCACCACCACAUAUCACUACCACCCAUUACAACCACCUACCACCACCACCACCCCUACCAUUACCCACCAGCCUACAUGUCACCCCCACCGUCACCACCACCUACCACUACCGAACAUCACCACAUGCUACUACCACCGAUCAACACCAUCCGCCAUCACCAACCUAUCAACAACACCACCGCCGACCCACCAUAACCACUAUCCCCCACAACUACCCACGACCCCACCUGUUACCCUCACCACCCACGACCACCACAAACCAACUAUUGCCCAUAACCACCAUCACCCACUGUCCCUUACCAACCACCACCACCUACCACCCUCCCCCACCUCUUUACCACCACCUAUCAUCACCCCACCCACCACCUUCCACAAAACCAUCACUACAACCAUCACCACAUCUAAACAACAUCACAAGCCACCACCACCCGCUACCACCCACCCAUCAACACUACCCACCAACCACCACCCAUCACCACCCACCCUUAAAUUCGUUUUCAUGUUGUCGAUUCAAUAA